AGCGCAAACGGAAUCGUCGAUGAUGAUGAUGAUUAUGAGCCAAAGUCGUACGAGGAACUCCGACAAGAUGCUAUUCAUCAUUACAGACAACAAAAGCGCUACUUUGAGCAAGCACAAACCGCCUAUCGCCACGGUAUGAAAGCAGCGGCCAGCUUUUACGCACAACAGGGACACUUGCAAAAUAGUCAGUUGAAGAAGGCGAAUCGCUUAGCCGCGGAGAAGAUCUUAGAAAUUCGAAAUGGCACCUUGCCCAAAGGGGUACUCGAUUUACACGGGCUGUUUGUCAACGAAGCCAUCAGUGCACUGUCGAAAUUUUUGUCAGAUUUCAAAAAUGGCAAGUAUUUUCUGUCUUAUUUGUCAUUGGACUUUGACUUUUACGCGUUCGUUCAAAGGUAUCCGAAAGGAGGUAACAGUGAUCACUGGCAAGGGGAUUCAUUCGGAUGGUGGACCGAGGUUAAGGCCAGCUGUUACUAA